CUUGAGAUGGCGUGCGUGUGUUCCGUACGUCCUCGUGCGAUGACGUCUGUGUCCCAGAAUGCAGUCUGGUAAACAGUCAUGGAAGCACCAGGUGAAAACCUCCUCAGAGGCUGAAGACUGAACUUAAAUCUUUCCUACCGCCUUCCGUCUCUUUCAUUCAGCGCCUCCGUUUGUUAUACAAGACAGUGGUGUCUCGUGUCGGUUUCCACCACCCACGCUGAGAGACUCGCAGUUGUCAGUCCGUGACAGCAGUUGGCAUUGUCUCCAGUGUUGGUGUGUGUGUGGAAAUCAUAUUUAACUGAUGAGGAGUGACUGAUCCAGUUAAGAAAAAAACAAAACAAUUUUGGUUUCCUACUUUACCAAGCGGAAAGAAUGUCGGAAAGGGCCGAGGAUGACGUCAGGGGGGAGCAGCGCCGAGCGGCCAGGCAGCAGCUGAAGCAGCAGCAGAUCCAGCGGGGAGAAGGCUCCACAGCAAUGGCGACUGUUGCGGAGCGGAGAUCGUUGCCUAGUCCUGAAAUAAUGCUGGGACAGCCUUGGAGCAACUGGGUCGACGCCGCCAAACUCCACGGACACGACGGUGCUGAAUCGGAAGAAAGUUUCAAAGAGUUGGGGAAAAAUCGAGAAGCCAUGCGUUUGUGCAUAGAAGACAUGCCCAUAUUCGGCCAGUGUCCUGCACAGGAUGACUUCUUUUUGGUGAUGUGCAACCACUGUGGUCAUGUGGUUAAGCCACAAGCUUUCCAAGCACACUACGAAAGAAGACACAGUUCAACCAGCAAGCAGUCCACCAUACCGCCCUUUCCUGUGUCAGGCAAGAGCCGAAGCAGCAGCGGUGGGCACGGACCUGUGCUGGGCUCGGGGGCCGGGGUAGGAGUGACCAGUGCAAGCAUCCUAAGUCGAGCAUCCACUGCCAGCUCCAGUGUGUCCCUCUCGUCAUCAUCGUCAUCCUCCUCCAGUCUAAAACUUGUCAAAUCAGCCAAAGACAAGCUGCCAGGGGUUCAGCGAAGACCACCGAUUGCCCCUUUCAGGAUGCUGCAUCCAGACAAAAUCCUCACUCCAGCUGUCCAGGUAGAGAAGAUGCAUCUGAAGGUGGACACGUCAGCGAGGCUGGCCCAGGCUCAAGCUGCCCCCGCUACCACCUCAUCCUCUUCCACUACACCCCUAUCUAGCACCACUGUGAGCUCAAAUGCUACCACCAUCACCACCACCUCCUCCACCACCCUUAAAGCAAGCCUUAACUGUCCCUCCACACCAAAGCUUCCACUGCUGGCCUCAAGUCAGAUUCCCAACGGUAAGGGCCUCCCCUCAGACAAGAAGCGGGACAGCAGCAGCACCAGUGGCAGACGGCACUUCAGCAAGAAAGUAUCCGAACGUGAGUUCAAUGCAGAUAUCCACUGUGGCGUUUUGGAUAUAACCGCACGCAAACCCUGCACAAGAUCCUUAACAUGCAAGACACAUUCCUUAAGCCAGCGAAGGGCAGUGCCGGGCCGCAGGAAACGUUUUGACACUUUGCUGGCAGAGCACAAGAACAGAACAAGGGAGCGGGACAGAGAACGAGAACAUCAACAAGCCCAUACGCAGCAUAACCCCCCCCUCAGGGACCCACACCCCUCCUCUCACCUCGCCUCCGGCCAUGAUGCCCCUCAACUGGCUCAUGGUAAUGGCCCAACCCCUGAUGUCACGAAGCCUUCUCCACUUGGAAAGCCCAAAUUUCAUAGUCCUGGUCUUCCACGACUGAACAGCAGUCACGUAGGUGUUGUUUCUGGAGAUGGUGCAGGAGUCCAGGAGCCCCAGCAUCAAACGCAAACUACCCCUGAAAGUUUCUCCAGACCCUCCAGCGAUGAAGGAGAGAAUGAGGAGCGUGAGGACAACGGCGACAAACUGGACUGUCAUUAUUCAGGUUAUCACCCACAACCAGCAGCUUUCUGUACUUUUAGCAGUCGACUGUUUGGCAGAGGCUGUUACUCCUUUGACAGGCGGUGGGACAGACUGCGAUGUGCCCUAACCUUGAUGAUGGAAAAGCACGUCAAUGCUCACAUGUGGAAGAAAAUUCCCUUGGCCUUGGAGAACUCCUCUGUUGCACCCACCCAUAGGACAAGCACAAAUUCCCACAGUAACACUCCCUCUACAGGCUUUCUGAGCCCCCCUGCAACUUUGCCCCAAACACCUUAUAGCCAGACUCAUGAGGGCAAAUCAGUGCUCUCCUAUGGGACCACCUUAAAUGCUUGCAGCUCCCCACAGAGCGGGGCUGAGCACCCGGCCUAUGGCACCACGCAGGCCCGACAAGUGUCUUCAUCGCCACAGAUGCCUUCAGCCCACUUGUCUUCAUCCUCUUCUUCCUUGGCUCCUUCCCUAGCUUCAGGCCGGGCGCUAAAGUCUCGUUCCUCCAGCACCACCAAGACGUCCUCAGCCUCAUCCUUAAGACCCAAGGACACCUCCACAAGCUCCUCCACAUCGGUUGCCCCAAACACCACCGGAGGAGCAAACAGCAACAGCAGUGUUAGUUUCGGGGCAGCAAAGAAGAGGAAAAACAGUUCUGUCCUCAUGGCGUCACACGGCUCCUCUGAAUCCUCCUCCUCCAACGCUAACUUCUCCUCCUCAUUCCUUAAGAAGAACUGUGCAAACGUCAGCAGCUCAGGGAGCACUCAUCAACACAGCUCUUUAGGUCUGUCAUCGUCGAUGUCCUUCUCCCACAGUGGAGUCCAUAGCAUGGGGCUCAACUGUGGUCCCAACGUGCGGACCAACUCUCUUAGUCUCAAGGCAGAGGCUUCUGGAGGUUCAGCAGGCGGCUCCUCUGGGCCACCGGCACGAGGUCCUCCUUCAGGCAGCCCUGCAGAGUCCAUCAAGCGGAUGAGUGUGGUGAUGAACAGCAGUGACUCAACCCUGUCCCUGGGUCCAUUUGUCCACCGCCAGUCCUCAUCUUCAUCCGAACACCACACCAGCUUUACCCACCACUCCUCAGACGGACGCCUGGAAGGAAAGAAGCGCAAAAGCUCUUCAGCCUCUGGCGCCAUUAAUAGCGCAAGGGGAGGCGGAGGGCUUGGGGCAGGAAGAGGGGGUGGGCCAGGGACAGGCAGACCCAAAGUGGCAAAGUCUCCUUCCAUUAACAACAUCCAUGGGAAGCAUGGGCGGAGCAUUCCAGGGGCAGCGGGACUGCCAAACAACACCCAUUUACAUCAGCCCAAGGCUCGCCCCUGACAGGAGCUGCUGUGGACAAAACUGGAAAGACAGAUGGGGACGAUCUGGAGCAGUCCAACUGCUCUGGACCGCAUGAGGCCUUUUGAAACAAAAAUCCACAUUACUCUCAGCUACCCACAAUCCUCAGGGUGGAGAUGACCUGGACUGCCCAGUAAAGCAAAUGUGGUCCUUAAUAUUUUUCCCAAAGCCAUGUAUGUGUGUGCACAUGCGCAUUGAUAGGAGGGGGGGGGGGUCUAAACGGGGACCGGAGUCUGAUAAUCGAGCCAAGAACAUCCCCCCCAAUUCCCAUGCAAGGGGUUUCUUCGUAUUUUGAGAGCUCUUCCCAUGCAGUCAGAAGCAGAGGGAACAAACUGCAACAGCCAUGGUUGUCUGGCCCCAGUGUUCAGGUUAAGGGCUGCUGCAACGCGCCGCCGCGAUACAGAGCGACUAGAGACGACUAGCAGAUCUCUCUAUGCUGAAGAAUGGGUGUAAAGGUGUGUGUGUGUGUGUGGGUGUGUGUGUGUGUGUGUGUGUGUGUGUGUGUGUGUGUGUGUGUGUGAGUGCACAAAGAUUUUUCUCAGAUUCUGCUUGACUACUGGACUUUCCAACGAAAUGACACCCCCAACGCCUGAUCUCAGAAGCCUUGUUAGGAGAGCAGGAGGAGAGAAAUAAUAAUGUCAACACUUCUACACACAAUCACCUUGUUUGGCUUCUUUUUCUCAGUGUGUGUCCUUCUGGCACCCUUGUUUUGUAACCUCUGGUCGCAUUCACACCUGAGAUGAGCCUACCUGGAGGAUCUGGAUUCUUUAGUUACACGAAAUAAUUAUGCAAGUUUUAUUUUAUUUUAUAUAUAUCUAUAAUUUCUUACAAGCUUUUUACACUGAACUCUGAAAAGUCAUGUAAACUUGAGGAAGACAGUUGUGCUUCUAAAUGUGAAAGGCCUCCUAGUGCUUCCCUCGGAUUAAAUCUUCAGUCUGAUCCAGGGGGGGGACACCGGAGUCUGUCCAAUGAGAAGUAUGACAGCCACAUGAGACCCACCCCCAACUGUGAACAGCACUAAAAAAGAAAGGAAUAAAAAAAAAAGCACUGCUGUCCACAAAACUAGCCAAAAGUUUUGCCAACUGCUCGUCUUUAAACUGGGGGUCAGUACUUUUCAGGCAGUGGUGCAUAAUGGGUAUGAGAAUCUGUGCAAGCUGUGUUGUUAUAGCCACAACUUCUUAUCUCCUUUUUUUUUCCCCCCCGCGUGCAGCUUUAGGGGUCAGGCAGAUGUGAAUUGUAACGUUUUACUUGUCCCAUGUGGGGAAUCAGGUAUGGUACGCCUAAAACUGGAACAAAACUUGCACGUCACUUGUCUUCUGCAGGUGCUCCUCCUGCGUGUAACCACUACCCAACGUCUGGAUGGUUGCCUCGCUGUCGCUUGUCAGAGUAGCCAGACACAAUGCUGUAUUCCAAAAACGGAGUCUUAAACGAGGCGGUUCCAGCCCAUCGCGCUGGGAUGUUUGUGCAUUCGGGUGGUUCUGAGUGAAUGUUAUGGUGUGAGAUUCAUGGAGAUGACUUCAAAGGAUCCAUCGGAACCUUUCGACAAAACGAGUCCUUUUUACAGAACUGAUGUCAAAUCCUAGAAAAGUUCAUCAGAGGAUUUCAUUUAGAAAAGUAGCUUUUCUCCCCCUUCUUGUAGCUUCUGUAUCAAAAAAGUAUUGAAGUAUCCUUAUUUGAAAUUACGUAUUUUGUUACCAAAUUGUACAUAGUAAAUUAUGUAUUUUUGCACAUUUUUCGUACGCAUCAAUUUUUUGCUACAACUUUGGAAAAUUGUUUAGUAAAAAAAA